GAAAUAGAUGCAUCGAUGCUAGAGCAUACUUUACUGAACGCUUCUUUGGGCAAGCAUUUCCUUCCACAACGUACAGAGAAGUCAGUCUGACAUUUCCGUCUUAGAAACGAUAUGGCACGUAUCGUUGCGUACCACUCAUUCUUUGUCCGUUCUGAUGUUUCGGCAGGAUUUCGGACACAAACAAUUCUGGCGAGUGCUCGUGAAGCAGCAAUCACAAGUGGAGAGGAUUCUAGAACAAGUAGAACAUCGGGCCUACGAACUCAUUCUGGCAUCUCAGAACGCCCUGUGGGUCCUCAAGCAGCCGAUAGACAUGUCGAAGCCUGAUCUGGAUUGUUCGGGAUACGAUGACGCUCCCUUACAAGCCACGAAGACCGAGGAAUGCGCCAGUCACUCCGUCGAAAAUAGUGGUGACGACCGUCAUGAUGUCGUGGCCGAAGUAGAAGAUCCACUCGAGGUGGCCCUCCGAGGAAAGGCUAACGUUCUAAGGGAAAAAAUCUACACUCGAAUCUCGAGGUAUUGUGCUUAUCCCCAAUCCAAGUGGUACCAUGAACGGCUCCAGGUUAUUAAUGCUAUCAUCCGGCGGACCGUGUACACGGACGCAUCCCUCAUGGUCACAUCUCAGAAUUACACCUCGGUCAUGGAGUUUCUUCGGGACGAGAAGCUAGAGGUCCAAACACUCUCCAAGCUUUGGACCGCACUUGUAGAGCUGCUCACGGACCAGGUCCGAGCGGCGAUCGAUGACGCCUUGAGGCCGGUGGAUGAUUCUGCGAGUUAUGUCGUCGUCUUGGGGGGGCGUGUUUAUAAGGACUUGAGUACAGGAUCCCGCCCGCUUCGCAGCUGGGCUCAUUUCAGUUCCAUAAUUCGUUGUUACGGUUGCCUUCGGAAGACUUGCAAGACAAUGGAUGAGGUGAUAACGUUGACACAAUAUACCAUUCUUACCUGGACUCAUCUCAACCAAUCUACGCUCAAAUGCUAUCAUAACAUCGAUGGUUCGAGUAUCCUCAUGCUCUGCGGCUCUAUCGUCAACUACUUUGAAUAUUCGGACUUCAGUCAUCGCUAUUCUGUUACCAAGCACAACGACAUCAUCGAUCACACGCCGCAAUGGUCGGAGACCGAGAUGAACAUUACUGUCUGUAUGGGCCUUUCGUUGAACGAUCCAAAGGCUGAUGCAUUCGUCGACGCAUGCAAUCGGGAGAGGCAUUUCAUGAUAUUAUCUCGCCGAGGCAAGGAAAGCAAAGUCGUACGCUCAACACCCAAGAUUUGGUGCAAGCGUACAAGACGUGCGAAUACGCGAGCCGGACUGAAGAAGCUUCCUUGGGAAGAGACGAAGUCCGUCGUGUACUUCCGUGAUAGCCUUCUGGAAGAGUGCUGGACACUAACAAGCCUCUCCAAGCGAGUAGAAGACUGCUACCAAGUCGCAGUGGUCGAUACAGAGGCUAAGAACGUGACUGGCGUAGUCGCGAAGCUGGCGAAGAUUUGGAUAGAAGUAUAUGGGGUCGAGUGCAUACAUGAGUUAUGCAAUGAGAUUGCGAAGCCGUAUGUCAAGAGUGGUGAUUUGGAGAUCGUGGAGGAGGAAGAAGAAGACACGAACCGGAUAUGUCCGAAGAGGAAUGUGUUGAUGCCCGGCGCGGCAGCCGAUGUGCAUGCGUCAUAUAGGCGGCUGUGGAAGAAGAGUCCGUGCAGUGGGAUUUUUGACGACUGAUUUUCGACCGUCGUGUCGCGAAAUGGUAAAAAUGAGGACUUUCACUGCGUCUCCUUCAAUUGAGACAGACGUUUCACACCCUUUUUUUUUUUUUGCUUUUAUAUUGUUGUACGAAGGAGAAUGUACCGGACCGUAUGAAUGCCUUCUUGUGUGUCCUAUUCGCUCG